AUGGAUCUAAACUCGACGACCAAAGCCCUCUCUGUAUGGGAGAUAUUGCAUCCCAUCCUCAUCAACCUAGACAUGCGAACUCUUCUCCACGCACAACGAGUGUGCCACGUUUGGCAUCACAUCAUCACCAAAUCAAGGAGUCUUCAGCAAGCCCUAUUUUUCCUACCUGUGGAGGAGCGAGAGGCCACUGCCUCCAAUGAGCGACGAAGUCAGAUAAACCCUCUCCUGAAGGAAGUUCUCUGGCCUCAGUUAUCAUGGCUUGCCACCUGCGGCCGCAAGCUUACACCCUUAGAGCGAAAACAACAAGCUAAGACACGCGGUAUUCCAAUUCUCCGUUCAGAGGAUGCUAGCUGGCGGCGAAUGCUCAUUCGACAGCCCCCACCAAUUACAAUAGGUAUUCAAAGUGAAGAUGAAACAGGGGAAGGAGGCUCUCCAGCCCCGGUCAUAUAUUAUGAGGAAGACAUCUCCACGGAUGCUCUCUGGGCUCUGACGAAUAUCUCUUUCUUCGCAGAUCACUGUUUAACGCGAUGCAUUUUCAGUGGCGACGACAGAUGGAAGGAGAGCUGUCCGCAACAAUCCGAGCUUAUAUCUGACCAAGAUCUUGAAAAGUGCGAUAUUUUAGUGGUGGGACACCGGCCACCUGAUUAUCUUCGCAGGAUGAUGCAAUGGAUCCUGAGAUACGAAGCCCACUACCCCAGCCUAUCCCUACGGGUAGACAUACACCCACCAUUGCUUGACUUCUAUUACCUGUUUAAACAAGAUAGGUCGUUCAUCACGCAUGAUUGGGCUUUUGUUAUUGCCAAUUGCAACGGACCAGUUUGGACAUAUUAUAUUGACGGCAAGGCUCGGGACGGUGAAUCCGCUCUCGACGCCUACACGUAUCGGACUCAGCUCAAUCCUUUGACUGAGCCAGAAGCAACAGUGGCAAAACAGAUUGUGGGCAAUGAAUCACUUCCUCGAGGAGCUGUACCUACCGCGAACUAUUUAAAGCGGUUCAUACGUGUUAUGGCAAAGCUGGUUGAGAAGGGCAUUUUGCCAAAGUUUAUGCUUGAAGAGCAUAGAAUCAUCUACGGGGUCCGUUGA